GGCGGCUGCGUCAGGCCCCCGCGGUUUCACUUUUGGGCCUGCGCCUCCGGGCAGACCGCGCGGCGGUUCUCCGCAGAGCAGGCGCGCGGCCCCGACCGGCAGGGCAGCCUCCUUCGCGGCGCGGCGCGGACGCCUGGGCGCCCACGGUCACGCCUGAGGGCGCAGGGCCUGACUGUUCUCAGGAGCAUGGCGUCAGCCUUCGAGGGUGUGGCCAGGAGCGUGCUGCGGGAGCUGGACCACAACGGGGAGCUCAUCGCCGUGGACAGCCUGCGUGCCUCCGCCACCUUCCGGCCCUACUGCCUGGUGGGCAGGAAGCCCUCGACCUCGUGGUUCUGGAGACCCCGCUACAAAUGUCUCAACCUGUCCAUCAGGGACAUCUUAGAGCCCAAUGCCCCGGAGCCAGCCUUGCAGCGUAGCAGCCCCUUCCACUUCCACGAUGCCAUGGACGGGCAGCUGCAGGGUGGCAUGGAGCUGGCAGCCCUGGGCCAGGGGCGGAUCGCCGGCGGGGCCGCGGUGUCGGGCAGCUCCAGUGCCUCCACGGAUGCAUGCAUGCUGUGCGUGGAGCCCAGCACGUGGGAGGCCCUGCACCAGGAGAGGCGCCUGCGGCGGCCAGAGCACAAGAUCCUGCAGCAGCUGCGGAGCCGCGGGGACGACCUGUUCGUGGUGACGGAGGUGCUGCAGACGCAGAAGGAGGUGGAGGUCACGCAGACCCACAAGCGGGAGGGCUCGGGCCAGUUCGCGCUGCCCGUGGCCAUGUGCCUGCAGGGCGAGGGCCAGGGCCACCUGAGCCGCAAGAACACGGUCACCAUCCCCUCCGGCAGCGUCCUCGCCUUCCAGGUGGCCCAGCUGGUGAUUGGCUCUGACUGGGACAUACUCUUCUUCCCGGACAAGAAGCAGAGAACUUUCCAGCCGCUUCCGGCAGACAUGAAGCUCGCCUCUUCUGAGGGUGGCCUGCUCCAGCCAACCUUGGGCCUCUCCGCUUUGUUUGGGUCUAUCUGGCGCCACCUCUUCCAGGCAGACGGGGCCAUUGAGGAACGGGCUUUGGUCGCUGGAGACCUCGCGGGUCUGCAGGCAGAGGUGAAGGCCAGGGGUGAGGGCCUGGAGCUCCUGUCUAGGGGGCUGCGCCAGGUGCUGCUGGAGGCCCUGGGGAAGCUGCUUCAGGACGAGCCGGCCCUGCAAGCUGUGGAGGAGGCGCUGGAGCAGGGGCUGAGCCGUGGGCAGGUGGAGGCUCGAGACGGCCCGGCGGGCAUGGUCCUUGAAUGCCUGGUGCUUCCCAACGGAGACGUGGUGGAGGAGCUCGCCAUCCCUGUCUUCUACCUGCUGGACGCCCUGACCGCGCUGAAUGACACCCAGCACCUGCUGAUGGCCCGGGCACUGCAGACAGGGGCCCUGCCGGGCCACCUCGAGCUGGUGAGGAGCCUUUUGGAGCAGAGUGACCCCUGGCAGAAGCCCAGGGCCGUGUCCCUGCCACCGGGGCUCCUGGGGGGCGGCUGGGGCGAGGAGGCACCCGGCUGGGUCCUGCUGGAGGAGUGUGGCCUCCGGCUGCAGGUGGAUGCCCCGCAGGUGUGCUGGGAGCCCGCGGCCCGGGGCCGUGUGUGCGCGCUCUAUGCCUGCACGGCGCUGCUCCUGCAGCUGGGACAGGAGCCCCACUAGCCCGCCUGCUGCCCCCGCAGCUCAGACGGCCCCUAGGAGCUCACCCACUGCCCACCUGGGAAGGAGCAGCUCAGACCCGGAGCCCAGCCCAGCCGUGUGGCCGGCUCUCCCCUGGGCCUGAGAAUUUGGGGAACUCAAUAAACGUGUGAUGUGCCAAGGAA